AUGUCCCGAGAUGUGGCCUCCACGGAGGCCUUCGACAAGGCUAUCAAAGAUGCCAGAAACGCGGUGGCUUACUUCUGGGCGGACUGGAGCGAGCCUUGCAAGCAGAUGGACGUGGUGGUGCAGGAGCUGGCGAAGCAGCACCCGAGCAUCGCUUUCCUGCGGGUGGAAGCCGAGCAGGCAGACGAGCUGACGGAGCGGUAUGGUGUGGAGACCGUGCCCUACUUCAUCCUUUUUGAGGGCGGCCGCCGCGCCGGUGCGAUAGACGGCGCAGACCCAGCAGCCCUCACGCAGCACGCCGCCGCCGCCGCCGCCGCCGCCGCCGCCGCACCCGCGGCCGCUGCUGCACCCACGCCUGCGCCGGCGCCCGCGCGGGCCCCGCGCGCGGCCGGCGUGGAGGGGCGCAUACAGGACCUGCUCGCGUCGGCGCCGCUGCUGCUUUUCAUGAAGGGGUCCAAGGAGCAGCCGUACUGCGGGUUCAGCAGCAGGGUGGUGGACGCGCUCAAGGCGACGGGGCACGACUUCCAAACGUUUGACAUUUUCCAGGAUGAGGAGAUUAGGCAGGGAUUGAAGGCGUUCUCGAACUGGCCGACGUACCCGCAGCUGUACCUGACAGGGGAGCUCGUCGGCGGCUGCGACAUCGUGACCGAAAUGGCGGCGUCUGGGGAGCUGCAGCAGCUUCUAGACGGCGCGCUCGGCGGCGGCGCGCGGCGGCAGCAGGAGCAGGAGCAGCAGCAGCAGCAGGCGGCGCCGGCGCCGCCGCAGGUGCGCGGCCCCGUCGCUGCCGUCCGGGUCCGGCCCGGGCGCGUUGUCGUCGGGCGCAGCGCGGCCGGCGUGGUCACGCCCUCUUGA